AUGGCGCAACUCAAUGAGAUUCGCGGCCGUCUGGCCCUGAUCACAGGCGCAUCUGGAGGAAUUGGAGCAGCCUGUGCUAGCCAGCUGGCGCAACGAGGCGCCCACCUUGCACUGACAUACUCGACCAACCUAAACGCAACAAACGCUCUUGUGGAAGAGCUCAAAUCCACCCCCGGCGGUGACGCACUCCGCAUCUCGAUCCACCAGGUCGACGUCGCCUCCGCAGACCAGAUCCAGAACAUGUUCGCACAGAUCGACAAGGAGCACGGCCAGCGACCGGACAUUCUGGUGUCGAACGCAGGCUACGGCAAGCGCAUCCCGCAGGUAUGGGAUAUCUCGCUGGAGGAAUUUGACUACACCAUCAACGUGAACCUGCGCGCCUCCUUCAUCCUGGUUAAAGGCGUGGUAGACCACAUGAAGGAACAGCGAUGGGGGCGCAUCAUUUUCAUGUCUUCGAUUGCCGGAUACGGCGGGGGAAUCAAUGGCUGCCAUUACGCUGCUUCCAAAGGCGGCAUGACCGGCAUGAUGAGGAACCUCUCGACGCGUCUGGCGGAAUACAACAUCAGCGUCAACGACGUGGCGCCUGCGAUGAUCGGCGACACGGGCAUGAUCCCCAGUGCCCAGGCCAUCCCCGAGGUGGCGGCGGGAAUCCCUCUGCGGCGCCUGGGGGCUCCUGAGGAAGUGGCUAAUGUGGUGACCAUGCUCGCGACGACGGGUUACAUGACGGGUCAAAGCCUGCUGCUGGCAGGCGGGUUGAAGUGA